CAAAAACAUUGUUGUGCUUGAUUUUUCCCACGACGUCCGAAAGAUCUUGGUUCGGUUGACUUCUUGGCUCCGGUUCGCUGUUCAGACAGCUCCAAUCGAUCCAAUUUGGCUGCUUUCUUCCUCGAAUCCCAGUUCCUCCUAAACCCGCCUCCGAGGAUUCUCUCUUCGUCGUACCCUCAAAGCAAUGGCAUCUUCUGCUGCAGCAUUUUGUGUUUCCUCGCCGUCUUCCCAUGCGCUCGCUCACUGGAAGACCCGUACAGCUCCUUGCUUCGUGAGACAGCCCGCAUCGAUCAAGGCCCUCUCAUCUUCUGCGGAUUAUUCCGCCGUCUCGGUUGCUGAUAAGCCCUCGAGCUCAUCAAGGUCCAAUAAUUGGCUAUGGAAGUUCAAGGACAAUGAUAUCAACAUCCACUACGAAAAGCAUGAAAGUGAAAGCUCUGAUGCUUCUAAAGAUAUUCUCAUGAUGCCCACAAUAUCUGAUGUGAGUACUAUAGAGGAAUGGAGACUAGUGGCCAAAGAUAUCGUCGAACGAGUUGGUGAAGUUAAUUGGCAUGCUACUAUUGUGGAUUGGCCCGGUCUGGGCUACUCUGAUCGGUUAAAGAUGGAUUAUGAUGCAGAUGUCAUGGAGAAAUUCCUGGUUGAUUUUGUAAAUGCGCCUGAUAGCCCUCUAAGUCGCUCAGCAGAUGACUUGGUGGUUUUUGGAGGAGGCCAUGCCGCCACAAUCGUAGCGCGUGCUGCGAAAAAGGGUUUGGUGAAGCCAAGAGCCAUUGGUGCUGUCGCUCCGACUUGGGCUGGGCCUCUCCCUAUUGUGUUUGGCCGAGAAUCCAACAUGGAAACAAGGUACGGAUUGCUUAGAGGCACUCUAAGAGCCCCUGCUUUGGGCUGGAUAAUGUACAACAUACUCGUCAGCAACGAGAAGGCUAUCCAGUCCCAGUACAAAUCUCAUGUAUACGCAAACCCUGACAAUGUGACACCAGAAAUUGUCGAGAGCAGAUAUGGGCUAACAAAACGGCCAGGCGCCCGAUAUGUGCCUGCUGCUUUCUUGACGGGUCUACUUGACCCCGUAAAAUGGCGAAAGGAGUUUCUUGAGCUAUUUGCCGGUUUGGAAGGAAAGAUGCCAGUCCUAGUCGUGUCAACUGAAGGCUCUCCUAGGAGGUCAAAAGCAGAGAUGGAAGCCCUUCGAGGAGCCAAAGGGGUCACCAAGUUCGUCGAGGUUCCAGGCGCGCUCUUGCCACAGGAAGAGUACCCAUCUGCUGUUGCAGAGGAGCUGUACUGCUUUUUGUGGGAGAAUUUCGAAUCUUGAAAGCUUCUCGACUUGAUUAUCGACAGUUGCAGCGUCAGUAUCUCAAAUGUUACGGCGAUUAUCUCGAUUUUUUGCCGCCGAGAUCUUACAUUAGUGAGCGGGAAUCACAUACACAUUUAGAGAAGUCACGGCAAGGUUUUUACCUCAAUAGGUCUGCAGUUUAAAGGAUCAAUACUGCAAAAACUUGUCCAGGGAUCACUGCUGUACCUCUGUUCAUUCCUUUUCCCAACUUUCUUGACAUCUAAGAUAUAUCACCUUUGUGUUCGUGCAGCAGAGAUUUUUCACCUU